GUACCAAGAUAGUUUCGGGGUAGCUUGUGGGUGCUGUGUGUGGGCGGUGGGAGCUGCUAGUUGGUUGGACUAAAAUUGCUAAUUUCGCAUUCGAGAGCAAUAUAAUAAUGUCUGGUUUGGAGUAUGGCUCGCGCAGGUACGACGACCUGCCGCUGGAGAUUGUUUUGAAGAUUUUUAGCUACCUGGGCUACUCGGAUCUCCAGGCGGCAGGAUCCACCUGCCAAAGAUGGCAUGCAGCACUGGAUCAGACGGAGUUCAACAUGCGCACGCGCGUCUGCUUCUCAAAGGUGGUGCUAUCGGAUCAACUGAGUCCGGGGGUGGAUCUUAUGCGCUGCGAGCGCCGCUUCCGGCAUUUUAUGUUCGAGGACGUGACGCUUGGUCAGGUGAAGGAGCUGAUGCGGUUCAUGGGCAGGACAGCCCACACUCUGGCUCUGGACAAUGUGGACCUUAAUGAUAAACAGUUCUACGGAAUGCUGGGCGUGCUGCCCCACCUACACUCGCUGUCACUGAAGCGCUGCCUGCCGCUGUUCAUGUCCGGCUCUUUCCUGGACUCCUACAACAACUCCUGUCCCGACCUGAACGACCUGGCCAGCAACCUAGCAGGCAUAAAGGAGUUGACGUUGUGCGAGAAUCAGUACCUCACCGACGCCAUACUCAUGCGACUCACCUCGUUCAUGCCCAGUCUGGAGGCGAUCAAUAUGUCCGGCUGUCACAUAGCUUUUCACAAUGCCAUCCAUCGCAGAUUUUACCCCACCAACAGCUCUUCGGAUCACGUUCUCCCCAGCGAAUCUGUGCUGACCUUUAAGUUUAUCCUAACCAUUCUGAACCUACAAAGGCGCACAUUGCGCGUCCUGGAUUUUAGCAACACAUUGAUUGGCCAGGCUUUGCUGGCCCUUUGCGACCUUAAUCUCCAGCUGCAGCGUCUUUAUUUAGCCGGAUGCAGGCAGCUUAACUGCGCCACAAUCCGCAACUUCUUGACAACCCAGCCCCAAUUAAGUGCCCUGGAUUUGUCGGCCACGAUGUGUGUGAAUGAUGAGAAUCUGGCCGCCCUCGUACAAACUAAUCCGGAACUGGAGCACUUGAAAGUCAACGGUUGCUUGAGUAUUACGAACGUUGGCGCCAUCCACCUGGCCAAGCUAAAGCGUCUCAAAAGCCUUGACAUCUCCAACUGCGACGGCUUGACCAGCAGCGGCAUCAUCGAAGGCGUGGCCAGCGAGGAGAACCAUGUUAUGGAGGAGCUGAACGUGUCAUAUCUGCAAAUCUGCGAGGAGUGCAUCAAGGCCAUUGCCAGUAAUCUGCGCUGCCUGCGCUCGCUCCACCUGAAUCACUGCGUCAAUGGGGCCACCGAUGAGGCUAUCCAGUCGGUCAUUGGCCAGUUGCGUUGGCUGCGCGAACUCUCCCUGGAGCACUGCAAUAGGCUAACAGAUGCAGCUCUCACGGGGAUAAACAUAUCUAAGCUGGAGCUGAGUCGCAAGCAGUCGGGGUCGCAGGUGUCCUCGAUGGACAACUUCUACCCGCCGUUCUGCAACACGCAGGCAGAACGGGACAGUCUGGCAGGAUCCCUGCAGUCCAUUAAGAUAUCGCUGAGAAGCAAGGCCGAGGAUGAGAUUGUGCGGGAUGCCAGACGAAAGCAGGCCAUGCUGGCCGCCUACGAAAUGAACCUGAUACGCGAAGAUGACUUCGAGGGUCACAACAUACAGCAGUUGCGGGGAUUGCGGUCGCUAAAUCUGCGCGGCUGUAACAAGAUCAGCGAUGUUUCCUUGAAAUAUGGCCUGAAGCACAUUGAGCUACGACGGCUGAUGCUCUCCAGCUGUCAGCAGAUUUCUCUGUUGGGCAUGGAGGCAAUGGUCAGCAGUUGUCCCUCAAUUGAGGAGCUCGACCUGUCCGAUUGCUACAACAUAACGGAUAAGACCAUCCAGGUGGUAACUGCUAAGUUGCCCCGCCUGCGGUCCUUGCAUAUCAGCGGCUGCAGCCAGUUGACGGAGCACACACUGGACGCCAUCAUCAACAACUGUAACUGUCUGCAGACGCUGUCCAUCUACCGUUGCCGCAGCAUGUACACCGACCUGGAGGAGCGGCUGUCCGGCGUGAGGACGUUGCGUAACCUCAAUAUGGACAAUCUGACAAGCAUAGACAACGCCGAAUUUUUUCGCCUAAAGAAGCGACUCGAUUACUGAUAUUUCGCCGCCAUCUUCAUUGUCCUGAUUCUGUACUACUUUCAGCUCUACAACUUCCGCUAGUCAAUCGCCCCAGCCGCCGGAGCAGCGCACAUAUAUUUAUUUUUAUCGAAUGGCCCCCAUCAACUGGGGCUAUAGUUGUGAAAGCUUUAGUGAAAUAUACAUUAUAUGCAGCAGAUGUAGAUGUAUUUGGAUAUACACUCAAAUUUUCACGAACCGCACACUUUUAGAUUAGGAAAAUUACUAUUAAAUUCUCAUACGUAACGUUUGUCCACAUUCAACUGUGAUUUUUUGUAAGGUACGACUCGUAUGUUAAGUGUACACGAUUAUAAAUUAAGUGAUUCAGUUGCCUUAAUUGAAUUGUUUUUGUUAUUGUUGAGCGUUGAAAUUAUGUUGAUUCGUUAAUAGUUAAAAAUUAGUUAAUUCCGUUUAACUAAAAAGCGCCAAAAAUAUGAAUGUUUGGAGAAUUAAUGAAUUCUUGUUGAUGUAAUUAAAUACUUUACAAAUAACUAACUCUGUAUUAGCUUUAAUUGAUAAUAUCGUCGAAAACAGAACAGAAUUUUUAUGUUUCAUUUUAUAUAUUUAAAUAAGGACACAAAUGAGUAAUAGUUUUUACAACAGCAAAUGGAAAAUAAAUACAAAAUUUAAUAAAUGUCUAGAAAUAUAUUUGACAAAUAUGCAUCAAA